AUGGAUUCAGCCACAGACGACGACGAAGCAGUGGCUCCAUCAGGCAGCCAAACAAACCUGAGUAGGAAAACUUUGCUUCGCGAUACAGAUGACAUAGGCAUUCACGGCGACGGCGAAAGCACAUGCAGCAGCGAUGAAACAUAUUCCGGCCCCCGUGAGAAAUUCCUCUUCAACGAGGUAAUCGACUCCCAGAAGCCAAGCGAUGCUCCCACAAGCAGUAUUCCCCCUGCGGAACAGGACAUGAAUCAACCCAGUGCUGAGUGGACCCGCAUCUGUGCCAAGAUACUCAGGCAGGAUCGCAACGCUGCAAAUAGCCACCUGAUGCAAGAUGCAAUCAAUCUGGAGCAACUGCGAGGAUCAUGA